UGUCCAAAAGGAUAGGUUAGAUCUGUGGGAAUAGUUGCUUUGAUUGCUACACAAUACCACGGCGAAUGUAACAACGUAGCUCGUUCCAAGACCACUGCGCUUAUACGACAAUGGGGUUUGGCCGGUUGAAGCGUAUAUCGCUGUCCAAGCAAGCUCUCGCGCCUGAGAGGUUUGAGGGAUAAAUACGAGAUAUUCCUAAGUUGCGCAUUCCACUUCAUACCCACUUAUAUUUUUCUCGCCAUGCCUUUGGGACGUAGGGAUUCGCUAGCAUCUAUAUCCUCUACUACAUCUUCCCUGUCGACUGAUUCCCUUGACGACCGUGCUUGGGUCAAAUUAUUUGGAACAGGACCCGCGUUCAAGGGAGGAGACCCGGGCGACCUGACCAACUUUCAAUCGACCAACCUUCCGGAAAUACGAGCCACCCCUGAGCCACCCUUAUUGCGGAGGGCCUCGGAGGAUGAUCUGUUUACUCAAACUCAAAUUGCGGGUCCUCUCCAUACCUACCCAGCUCCAGGCUCCCAGCAAGGGCAGAACAUCACAGUUAGAGCUUCAGCCAGAAGUCCUUUGAAAAGAUUGGGAACAGAAGAUAUGAUUACGCUGAUACAGAAGAACUCGGAGGGAUAUUCUGAACCCAGACCUCCCGCCCUCGAAUUUUCCGACCCCUCAGAUGCUGAUGAUGCUCGAGACUUCAAGCGGGGUGGACCGGAAGAAGGCCAGCCUGCUAAACGGUUGAGGCUUUCAUUUGUUAGCGAAAGACCAGCGCAAAAGGCACAGACCACGUACGGACACACAUAUUCUCCCAUGUCUUACAACGUGGAUCAAAAUCACUAUACCCUUUCCCACAAAGGUCACCAUAGUACGAGAUUCCAGAGUCCGUUCGAUGGACAGUCCUCGUCGUCCCCUGUCAUUUUCGAUAGGGCUAUCAACUCUGAACGUUACGAGAGCACGAGGUCCAGGCCUAUAGCUUCGAGUUCACGGGCCUCCCCAAAUUCUUGCUAUUUCAGCAUGAGGAGGAAGCGCGCAGAGUAAAAGGACUUUGAACACAAAUAUGAUGCUGCUCAAUCUUACUAGUACCUCCUGUUCAACGAUGCAGGGAAGCUGCUUACUCAUGUCCUAUAUUUCCGUAUCUCUGCCUCUCAACUCCGAUAUAUUUCUGAUCAUCCCACACACAUUGCAUCACCGCAUUUCUUCACGUUCCGUUAGCAUGGUGAAAGCAGCAUUUUAUGCCCAUCUUUGCUUGUAACAUACUUUCUCGAACCUGUCAUAUUCUGACUGUCGUUUUUAAUAUGCUUACGCAUCCCGUGAACGUGUACGUUCGACUCGAUUUGUUGGUUGUCUACUACUU